AUGCCGCAGGCCCAACAUAAAAUGCGAUCCCGUGCACGGAAAUGGGCAAGGAAAUUGUUGGCAGGAGGUGGGCCACCUUUCUGUAUUUCAAGCUUCCAAUCAGGGAACUUGUCCGAAUGUAUAUCCGCCGAAGAUUUGGCAGGUGGUUAUAUAACCAACUGUCUGCAGCAUCUUCUGCAACCUGGAUGGGCCGACAGGCUACCGUGCGAGGACGAAUAUGGUGGUGGUCACAGGUGA